AGUAAAAGAUGGUUAAAGGAUGGUGAGCCGGGAGAGAAGUGCGAGUAGUUUUUUAGAGCGUGCGGUUUCCGAUUGACCAAAGAUACAGACUCGCGUGACCACUCCUACGCAGGAUUCAGUGACACACGUGUUUUAGACGGUGAAAUAAAAGUAAACUCAAAACUUCAACGGCUGGUAACAAGUUUUGUUUUUUACCAAACACGCAAAACGUUUUAAAUGCAACGCUGUUUGAUAUAUGAGAAAGCCAUGGCAGCCGAGACGAAGAACGGCGGGAGUUCACUGAGCAACAAUAACUGCAAAGACCACAGCAGGAGAAAGUUGCUGGUCGGAGUGGAUCUCUUCUGCUUGUUUUUAGCUGGCCUUCCUUUCUUGGUCAUUGAGACCAGCGCGGUUCAGCCUUACCGUAGAGGGUUUUACUGCGAUGAUGAGUCCAUCAAGUACCCGGCCAAAAACAGAGACACCAUUAGCGACGGUGUGCUCAGCGGCUCUGGCAUUCUAAUCACCUUCCUCUCUAUUAUAAUUGGUGAGAGCUACAGGAUCUAUUUUUUGAACGAAGGAUCCAAGUCUUUUGUGGGGAACCCGUACAUAUCUGCUCUGUACAAGCAGGUCGGGGUGUUCAUCUUCGGCUGUGCCAUCAGCCAGUCCUUUACUGAUAUUGCCAAAGUGUCAGUGGGCCGCCUGCGCCCUCACUUCCUCGAUGUGUGCAAACCUGACUUCUCUACGAUCAACUGCUCUCUGGGCUACAUCACUGACUACCACUGUCAGGGCCCAGAGAGCAAAGUUCAAGAGGCCAGGAAGUCUUUUUUCUCUGGACAUGCAUCAUUCUCCAUGUACACCAUGCUUUAUCUGGUGUUUUACCUACAGUCUCGUUUUACUUGGCAUGGAGCUCGCCUGCUUCGCCCUUUAACCCAAUUCACUCUCAUCAUGAUGUCUUUUUACACCGGCCUGUCCCGCGUCUCUGAUCACAAGCACCACCCCACUGACGUCCUGGCUGGUUUUGUACAGGGAGCCCUGGUGGCCUACUGCAUAGUAUUCUUUGUGUCAGAUUUGUUCAAGCCCAAAGGAAGACGUUCUACCUUGUCUUCAACCCCUCUGAAGAAAGACCUGGUUCCUGCGGUAGACAUCAGAGAGCGGAGCAACCAUCUCAUCAUGGCAUAGAGAAGACUGCAGACUGACUGUAUAUAACCCUGACCUGUGCCUUUUUAAAUCACUACUACAGCCACUAGUCGAUACUGGAUAAUGUAAACUUCAACAACCUGGAAAAUGUGGACAAAUAUGGAACAUUGAACAUCUCACUGGAUGAGAAGAAGCUAUGGAAAAGCAGUUAAGCAAGUUUUGCUUUCUGAAUGGAAAUUUUUGUCUUUCCUCUGUCUCACCAGGCAAUCUGUGAGGAAAAGAGAGCUGACCUCCUUUUAUUGAGGCAUAUUUGUCCCUGUUCUUCUGUUAUGAAGAUUAUUGUAGAUUCUCUGCUGCCGACUUAGAAAUGGCAGCUGUAAACAAAGCCAUGUGUGGCCUUUGUGCUUUCUUGCCUCAGCUGCACCCAGCACGGGGGCUACAUUCAUAUUCCGGCCACACACUCACAAUGUGACCUGUCCUAAUAAAUCAUGACAACCAAACAAAUUCCUGAAUUUCAGGAAGGAUGCUGUUUUAGUUUGGUUUUAUUGCAAACAUAAAUAAUGUAUGUGCAAUUUAUAGCACUAAACUCAUUAUUGUUUGUCACCACUCGGAUUACCUAAAGCAAAGCUUUCGGAAAGCUUUGUAAGCCUUUAUGUUUUUAUUAUGUGCAUGAUGUAGUGUUGCUUAGAAGCUGCACAUAAGUUACAGUAGUUGGAAAGUACAGUGAGGGCGUGUGUUUUGGAUGUGGGCCUGUUUCUGCUGGAUAGGACGAGCCCCCACUGAGCCGUUUAAUGAAAUACCUGUUGUAUGUACCAGACCGGUGCUCACAAGUGUUAGGUCAAAGUGUGUGUGUGUGUGUGUGUGUAUCACUUGUGUGUGCUCGCGUAUUUGUGUGUGUGUGUGUGUGUGUGUGUGUGUGUGUGUGUGUGUGUGUGUGUGUGUGUGUGUGUGUGUGUGUGUGUGUGUGUGUGUGUGUGUGUGUGUCUGAGUGAGGCCUUUAUGGCCAGUGUACCUUAAUGUCAGGUCUAUAUAUCUCAGUGUUUGUAGCCUAGUCUCCAGCCAGAGAACAAGCACCUGCUCCAACGGACACAUGUAACUAAAGACAGGAACACUGUGGGGGGGUGGGGUUGCUGUACUAUUACUAAUCAUUUUUAUGAUUAACAUGAUGACAAAUUCUGUGAUAUACUGGAUCCCAUAGAGACAUAUGCAGUGUAUAUAUACUGUAUAAAACAAAGACAUGCACCUCGUAGAGUAGAGGUUACCCAUUUCAGUACCAAAGCACAAUUUAGCAAUUGUUUUGGCACAUUUUAAAUGCCUAAUAACUCGAAGUUUUGUAAAAUAAUACAAAAGGGCUAGCAAUGCGCUAGAGCUAGCUCUGCAUUAUAAUAGACAACCAAUUUAUAACGAUGUCAAUAUGUUUGUAUGGUUUUAAUGUAAUUAAAAAGCACAGUGAUGACUGUAACCACUGGGUGAAGUUCAACUUUGAUCUGACACAGUUGUUUUUCUUCAUUCAUGCUUUGACAAAUGUACUCUAUAUAAAAUGAGAGGACUGUGUGUUCUUCCCAUACGUUGUGUAAAGUUGUAUUGUGUGUGUGUUUGCAGCAUGUGUUUUGGUGAAAUGUCCACUAUGACUCUGACACCUGUGUAAAUGGAAUACGUGCUUCUUGAAGAGGCAGAGUUUGGCAAAUGUCAUCCAGUACGGGUGACAAUUCAUGAUUAUUAAGUUUUAAUUAAAAAACAAAAACAAAGCUCUCAAAACAGACAGCUUCAGUACUUUUUUUUUUUUUUUUUUAUUAAGAGUCUCUCAGUAUUUUUGUAAUAUUGUGAAAUUUUGUACAAUGAAACUAUGUUAUAUCAAAGAUAAAAUGUCUUUAAUAAAAAACAAAAGAUCAAGCA